ACCCCAAAUCAGCCCGGGGAGACUCCGUCACCGAGUGCCACAGCUCCGUGAACCAGCGCUCAGCCUCCGCGUGUUGGAGACUGAUAAGGGGAGAUGGCCCCAAAGAUAACAGCUAGCUCUGCUUAGAGGGAAGCUGGAGAUUUUGGGGUCCGGAGGUAACCCAGACCCCGCCACGAGCCGGGCCCCUACGCCCCGCAGCCGGGCUGCGAGCAGAGACAGGAACCGGGGCUCAGCUGCGGCUGCAACGUUUCCUGUUUUACCGAGCGAGAAAGGGAGCGAGAGCAGCAAAAUGAGGUGGUUGGCACGAAGAUGGCAGUUGGAGCGUGUCGGCGCCCGAUAACGCCCCGCUCCUCUGCGGCGUAGGGGUAGGACGGGAGCCCUUGGGCCAGCCUACACGCUUGACACCAGGAGGCUGUAACAUGAACUGGCAAGAAGCACUUUUUUUUUUUGUUUCCCUUGAAGCAAGAAGCGUAACAGCUUGGAAAGCAAAGAUGAAGGACAUGUUUGGUAAUUAGAGAGAGUAAUUUGGGGUAACAGAAGGAGGAAAUAGAGUAUUAGCUUGUCAAGAAGGCCUCAACGCUCAGCGCGGGGACAGAGGACCUCAGGCUGGACGGAGCGGUCAGCGGCGGACAGAGCUGCGCCCAACAUGAUCAGCCAGCCCGAGCGGGCACGGCCGCGGCGCGGGCGCGAGAGCUACGAUGAGAAGUGCGAGCGGCGGCACGAGACGCGGGAGAACCUGCGGCGGCGAAACAACGUGACGAGCUGCCGCCACCCCGGGAGGGCGGCGGAGGAGCCGUCGCAGAGCCCCCGGCAAAGGGAGUUCCUGAGGAGGAGGAACCUGGUGAGCGAUGCUGGAAGGACACCACCAGGAUGGGAGCCCAAAGCACGCGUCCCCCCAGACCCCUCCUCACGGGUGGAGCCGAGACCACUCGUCCUGCUCCAGCACCCAUGGAGCUGCCCCACGUUCCCCCCUGCACGCUCCCUGCUCAGCAUCCCCCUCGGCAUUUCGGCAGAAGCCAUCCCCAGGCGAGGUGCCUCUGUGAACACCCAAGGAACCCAGACCCUUACAAAUCCAAGCCCAGGAGUGCAAGACUCGAGCCAGCAGACAGAUUGUGGAAUAGCGGUUUUAAAUAAGGAAAUGGUGCAGCUGUCCAACUACCUGAAGGAGGCCCUGCACCGCGAGCUGCUGCUCAAGCAGAAGAUGGUGAUUUUGCAGGAGCUUUUUUCCACGCUGCUGCAAGCAUCGGAAAAAUCCUGGCAGGGUCAGUUGAACGAAGAUAAACUGAAGGGUAAACUGAGGGCACUUGAAAAUCAGCUGCAGGCCUGCACCCAGAGUUACUCAAAGGAGUGUGUGAAGAAGAUCCUGAUAGAGAUGGAGGACCAGAAGCAGACCUACGAGCAGAAGGCAAAAGAGGCUCUUCAGAAGAUGCUGGAGGACAAGCUCCAAACAGAGCAGCAGCUGCAAAACUCGCAAAGAAGCCUGGCAACAACGAGAGAGGACCUCACCUUCUGGCAAGAGCACUACACCACGGUCAAAGCUGAAUUGACCAAGAUGACCACAGCGCACACCGAACUCGAGAACAGCUUCCUUGUUUUGCAAAGCGAACUGCAGCGAGCAGACGCACGGAACGAGGAACUCCAGCAGGCCCUGCACAGCUUGCAGAGCGAGCACGCCGCGCUCCGCCAGCGAGCCAGCGCCUUGCGGGAGGACAACGACCUGAAGGCAGAGCACAUCAGCGCCAUCGAAGAUAAAUUGCAAAAAGAACAAAAUCAGAAGGUAACGCUGGAGGCAACCAUCAGCCAUUUGCACAGCUUCAUACAGAACCAGCCCAGCCAGCGGAGGAGCCAGGAGGCGACGGUGCAAAGGAAAGACCAGGUUUGCAGCACGCAGACCCCACCUCUCACUCCUGCCAAGGAAAGACAAAACGCUCUGUUAGAGCACCCCGAGGAGGAGGCGGGAGAAGAAAGCCUGGAGGAUGAGAUGCAGAAAAGGACAUCCCAGCUCGCGGCAAAGGAGAGUGAGGUAUAUCUGGGCACACGGGUAGCAGAAGUGAACGGCAGUGCCCGGGCACGGGCGAAGCGCUGCAGCCGCUGCGGGAGCCCUGCCACUCUCGGUGCGUACAAGAGCGAGGGGAUCCCUCCUGCUAACGGCCCCUCGCUCUGCUUGCAGUGCACGGAGCUGCGCUCGGAGCUGGAGGCCCUGAGCGAGGAGUACCGCUCCUGCCUGACCAGGCUGCGCCAGUGCCGGGACGAGCUCAACCACUUCCAGAGCAAGCAGGCAAAGAGACGGCACAGUCACUGGGUCCCUCUCCUGGUGACAGUGAUAGCAAUGGCCAUAGCCACCUUCCUCGCAAGCUACAGACUGUGAAGGACCUUCUCCAUGACCCAUCCCACUGCAAGAACUGACUUCUGCUUCACCAACAGCAACGCGCCCUCGCCACAGCGCGCCGUCCGCUGUUUUGUACGCGCCUGUUUGGUUCGUGUCCUGAGCUGGUCUCAUUCCAAACUCCUGUGGCUCCAAUAAACACUGGGAGAUGACACCUUC